ACACCUUACCUAACUCCCCAAACCUAAAACCCCUUCGAUUGCACGCAGAAAAUUUACCUCUCUCGCUCUAGAUUUCUCUCUUCUUUCUCGAAUCACACUCAUCUUUCUCGAAUCACCAUUGCGAAUCUUCAUUAUCAACUACGGACUAAUUAAAGAAAGAAAAAUUGAAGAAAUUGUUGAAAAUCAAUUAGAUUCAACCAAAAUUGGGGAAAAAGAUGGAACAAUUACAUGACUAUACAAGCAAAGAUUGAAGGGACUCUGAAGACUAUUUUUACUACUUGUAUCUGUGCUAAGGAUGGAUAAAUCCUGGAUGAGUACUGAUAGAACGAAAAAACGCUAUACAGAAGGAGUCGCGGCGUUUCUGCGGUAUGCUGUCAACCAUCUCAAGGAGGAGGGUGAGACAUAUGAUGAAUUUCUUAUGCUGUGUCCAUGUACGGAUUGUUUAAAUCUCCGUGCAUGCUCAGUUGGCGAUGUAGAAGGUCACUUAUUCGUAAAUGGAAUCGGUCAAACGUGAACAAUGGUAUGCACGCUGAAUUUGAAAUGGGAACUCCCACUGAUGCUCCAGACGAAGAUUUUGGAAUGGGAACUCCCACUGAUGCUCCAGACACUAUAGAUAUGAUGCAGGCUGCAGAAGAGUUCCAGAUGACCCUAUAAAGUUUAAAAAGUUACUUGAAGAUGCUGAAAAGCCCUUAUACGAAGGAUGUCCCAACUUCACAAAGUUGUCUGCAAUUGUGCAGUUGUUCAAGUUGAAGAGUAAGCACGGUGCAUCGGACAUGUUUUUUAAUGAAGUAUUACCCCUGUUAAAGGACAUGCUUCCCAAAGAAGGUAAUUUAAUGGUGAGGAGUACAUAUCAGGCCAAGAAAAUAUUGAAAGCAAUGGGUUAUACAAAGAGACAUGCAUGUAUCAAUAUCUGCUGGAGAGUCGUGUGUAGUUACCCCUGACCAGUUGAAACAAGCACAUUUCUAUGUAAUGGAGAACACACCUGAAAUUGAGCCUUACAUAGACCGACACAAGCUCUAUUUGAAAACUAAAUAUCAUACUAAAAAGCGAGCAUGGCUGGAGAAAGAGCACUCUAACUCGUUGGGCGAUUGGUUAAAAAAUGAGGUUGAGAUGGAGUUGGCAGUUGAUAGAGAAAGUAUCUCAGAGAACUUAAGAUGGAUAUCACACGGCCCAGACUACGAGGUAACGAAGUUCACUGUAUAUCGCAUCAAUGGGUAUUUAUUCCGCACAAAAUCUCGUGAUGGGAGAAUUCAGCAGAAUAGUGGGGUUCACGUCGAGGCAAAUGACAUGCACAUAUCUAGAGACAAUGGUCUAACAUAUGGUAAAGCGUCUUAUUAUGGUGUCUUGCAACAGAUAUGGGAGUUAGAUUACGGCGAAAGAAAAGUUCAUCUGUUCAAGUGCAAUUGGGUCGACACUAAACGUGGGGUCAAAAGAGAUACUCUUGGCUACAAGAUCGUUGAGCUUACUAUGUUGGGACACAAAAAUUAUCCUUUUAUUUUAGCAUCACAAACUAGGCAGGUAUUUUAUGUCAAAGGCCAGAAAAAUAAGAAAAAGUCUAUUGUUUUUGUGGUACCUCCCAAAACUUACAGAGAUGCAUAUGAUGAUGGCAACGAUGAGGAAUUCAGUACAGUAAUUUUUUCUGGGAAUGAGAAUAUCUUGCCUGCUGUAGAUCCACAAGACUUGGGUAAAGAAUCCCGAAAUGAUUACUUCCGAACUGACUGUUAGGGUUUACUUAUACGCAAACCAAAAUGACACUCCAGCUGGGAAUGCAACUAGUUAAUGCUGGAACUCUUGAACUUCCACAACUAGUCAAUAAACUUGUAAACAAUGUAAGAAAUCUAGGGCUUUUUUGGUUCUUCGAUUGAGUUUCUGAAUGUUACCAAACCAAUCUUAUGCUAUAAAUUGUUGUAGGAAUUAGAUUCUUACAGUUCUGCAAUCUCAAUAAAGCUAUAUGGUAGUGAAAAGAUUCUGCCAUCUCUAUGGGGUAUUGGCUAGAGUUGUCAACUAGGCUAGGUACUUUUAAAUAGAGCUACAGGUUACUGAGUAGGUGCUGCCAUCUCUACGGAUCUAGUAUUAAAAUCAAUAUCUUAUGGGUCAGUUUAAUAACGAUGACAAUGCGAUCCAAGACAUUAGCAGUGGGUAUGUUUUUCUGCUGUUGCUUGAAAUUUUGUUAUUUGUUUUUGUCAUGCAUUAAGAUUUGUGGGUUUGGUUAUAUUUGUUCUUUAGAUUGACGAAAUUGGUUCACGUCAUAGCGAUAUAAGUCCAAGCCUAUCAAAUACUAUUGUUGACUUUUGAGCACCCAUUUCUUCAAAUAUCUUUUUCUUUAAAUUUCAAAUUAUGAGUGAAUUUUGUUAUAUUUAUAGCUGUAGUUGGUGCUGGAGCUUCGGGGUAUUAAGGAAGCUCGGCUUGUGAUUACCUAGAUAGAUAGAAAUUGUACCGCUGGUUUGUAGUUAAUGACCCAUGUACGCAAAUUUCUAGGGCUCGUACUAAUUUUGCUGAUUAGU